AUGUCUCUACCAUCAGAUGUUUUUGCUCGAAAGAUCUUCUUUGAGAUUCACAAUAGUUUAUCGAGACAAGGUCCUGGAAGUACUCAAUCGACUCUUCGAGCUCUACGCUCUGUUAAUCCAGAUCACAAACAUCUAGACAUACUAGAUAUUGGCUGUGGUUCUGGUGUGGCUACCUUUGAUUUAGCAAGAUUAGGACAUCGCUUAACUGCAAUUGAUAAUAAUGAACCAUUCAUAAAGACUCUAUUGGCACGAGCUAAAGAAGAAUGCCUUUCAGAGUGUAUAACGGCAUUAGUUGGCGAUAUGUUUUGUCUAGCCAAAUUCGUUACUCCAAAUACAUUCGAUGUGAUUUGGUCAGAAGGUUCAGUUUAUAUUAUUGGUUUCGAACGUGGUCUUACUGAAUGGAAGAAAUUCUUGAACAAGGAUGGUUAUCUUGUCUGUUCCGAACUAUCCUGGUUAACUGACAAUCCACCAUUCGAAGCUCAUGACUUUUGGUCAAAACAUUAUCCAAAUAUGCGUUCUCGAGAAGAAAAUCUCCGAACAAUAAGAAAAUGUGGCUAUGAAUUGAUUGAUAGUUUCAUUUUAGCUGAAGAAGAUUGGUGGAAUGAGUACUAUGGGCCGAUGGAACGAAGAAUUCAAGAGCUAGAAAUGAAAUACAAGGGACAGCAAGAAGCAGAAAGUGUGCUAGAUGAGCAAUUAAGUGAAAUUAAUUUGUAUAAAAAGUAUUCAGAGAGUUAUGGUUAUGUAUUUUAUAUCAUGAAACAAUAA